AUGUCACAGGGAAGAAGAGCAGCUGAAAGACUGGCAGGAAAGACUGUCUUCAUCACAGGCGCAUCAGCCGGUAUCGGUCAGGCCACUGCGCAAGAAUACCUGGAAGCAUCCGAAGGCAAAAUCAAGUUGAUCCUUGCAGCAAGAAGACUCGACAAGCUGGAGGAAAUCAAAGCCAAGGUUUCUAAAGACUUCCCUGAAGCACAGGUGCAUAUCGGCCAGCUAGAUGUGACUCAGACGGACAAAAUCCAGCCUUUUGUCGACAAUUUGCCCGAAGAGUUCAAAGACAUCGACAUCCUGAUCAACAACGCGGGCAAGGCGCUCGGAUCCGACCCCGUGGGCACAAUCGACCCCAAUGAUAUUCAAGGCAUGAUCCAGACUAACGUUAUCGGGCUUAUAAAUGUUACCCAAGCCGUUCUGCCCAUCUUCAAGGCCAAAAACUCUGGUGAUAUCGUGAACCUGGGUUCUGUCGCUGGCAGAGAAGCUUACCCUACAGGAUCUAUUUACUGCGCUACGAAGCACGCGGUGCGUGCUUUCACCCAGAGCCUGCGCAAGGAACUGAUCAACACAAACAUCAGGGUUAUUGAGGUCGCUCCAGGUAACGUGGAGACCGAGUUUUCUCUGGUUAGAUACAAGGGCGACUCUGAGAAAGCCAAGAAGGUUUACGAAGGCACACAACCCCUUUACGCUGACGAUAUCGCAGACCUAAUCGUUUACGCAACCUCGAGAAAACCAAACACCGUCAUCGCGGACGUUUUGGUUUUCGCUUCGAACCAGGCUUCGCCUUACCACAUUUACCGUGGUUAG